GUGACAGGGGGGAGAGAGCAGCAGCCGUAUCCUGAUCACCCAGAGAGAUUUGAGGGCUAUCCACAGGUGCUGUGUAGAGAGGGUCUGUCUGGGCGCUGUUACUGGGAGGCAGAGUGGAGUGGAGGAUGGGUUUCUAUAGCAGUGACAUAUAAAGGAAUCAGCAGGAGAGGAGGGGGUGCUGACUGUGGGCUUGGAUACAAUAACAAGUCCUGGGGCCUGUUGCACAAAAGUAGAAUUAAGACAUCCGGGAUAAAUGACUCAGCUGAGCUCAAUGAAGCCAAAACAUGUGCGUCCAGGCUUAAUUGGUUGCACAAAGACCAAGCCAGGAUGAGCAGACACGGAUUCAUUAAGCCAGGUGAAACCAAUCCUGGAUAGGUGCGCGCUCACGGCUCACUCAAAUAGACCCCGCCACAGAUCACAGAUUAACUGAUUUACCAUGGCAACUAGAGCCGCGUACUUUUCCCCGUCGGAAGCACAAAUCCUCAUGGAGGCAUACGAGGAGGUAAAAGAUAUAAUUAAGAAGAAAGGCAACACCGCCACAGUGAUAAAGCAAAGAGAAAAAGCGUGGCAAAGUAUUGCAGACCGCCUGAAUGCAUUAAACAUGAACGGGCCAAAACGGACAUGGCAGCAGGUCAAAAUCAAAUACAAGAACAUUCUGCAGAAUGCAGUGAAAAAGAAUACCCACAGACAAGGCACGGGUGGUGGGUCACCAAAGGCUGACCUUACCCCAGCAGAGGACAUGGCCUUGGAGCUAAAUAAAGGCAGGCCCGUCUUAGAGGGGAUCCCUGGGGGAAAAGAGACGAGCAUAGGUUCCUCCCAAGAUGCCACCCGCUUCAUUCAAGUGUCUGGCAGCACUGUGUUCCUGUUAGAGCCACCAGCACAAGCACCAGACGAUGCUGAUCCAGGUGAAGGCCCCAGUGCAGCAGCAACAGCACAUGAUGGAGACGAUGAUGGGGAGGAGACCAUCUCUCUGGAUUCCAGAAGGCAUGAGGACCCAGAUGCUAUACAGUGGGAAAACCAGCCUGGCAACAUAAGCUCACAAGCUAUCAGAAAGUUGUAUGGCAACCACCUCCGGCGCCAAAUAGAACUGGCAGACAUAGACAUUCAGUACAAGAAGAAAAAGAUGGAAAAUCUUGCACUGGAGUCCGAAAUAAAAAAGAGGACAAUUAGGAAACUGGACCUUGAAAUAAAAAAACUUGAGAGGGAGCUCCAAGAAGAUGACACAGCUGAUGACCAUCUAUAUGAAAGAUACAGGUUUUCUGCAGAUGGCAUCAGGUAUCUAUGCAGACUACUGGGUCCCAGGAUUAAGCACCGCACUGCACGGAGCCAUGCACUGAGUGUGGAGCAAAUGGUUUGUGUGGCCUUGCGCUUUUUUGCUAGUGGAGCCUUCCUGUACUCAGUGGGGGAUGCAGAACAGCUGAACAAGGCCACAAUUUGCCGCACAAUAAGGAGUGUGUGUCUGGCUAUCAAAGCAUUAGCAGAUGUCUUCAUCUCCUUCCCUGGCCACAGAAGACUCUGUGACAUCAAAGAGGAGUUCUAUAGGAUUGCAGGUUUCCCCAAUGUCAUUGGUGCAGUGGACUGCACACACAUAAGGAUAAAAGCCCCCUCAGGUGCCCAUGAGGCCGAUUUUGUGAAUAGGAAAUCCUUUCACAGCAUUAAUGUUCAGAUGGUCUGCAAUGCUGACUGUGUGAUCAGCAAUGUUGUGGCAAAAUGGCCUGGCUCAGUCCAUGACUCCAGAUUCUUUCGGGCCUCUGAAAUCUAUCAGUGCCUAUCACAAGGUGAAUUCUCUGGUGUGUUGCUGGGAGACAGGGGGUAUGGCUGCCAACCUUUUCUCCUGACACCUUUCACAGACCCCCAGGAAGCACAGCAGGCCUACAACCAUGCCCAUGCCAGGACCAGGGCCAGAGUUGAAAUGACCUUUGGCCUCCUGAAGGCACGCUUUCACUGCCUUCACAAAUUAAGGGUCAGCCCUGUUAGGGCAUGUGAUAUUACUGUGGCUUGUGCUGUCCUCCACAAUGUGGCCUGCCUGAGGAAGGAGAGGGCCCCCAGAGUGCCACCAGCCAUGGACUGGGACAAUCCGGCAAUCUUCCCUGAUGACGACAGUGGUCGGCUGCUGAGGGACCAAUAUGUGUUGAAUUAUUUUAGUUAGUAUGUGUGCUUUCAAUUUUGGUUAAAUAUGUCCUGCGGUGGCAGAGGAAUUUGGGUUUUUUUGGGUUCGUUUUUUUACGAAUUUGGCCUCUUAUGAUGUUUGUGCGGUAUACUGUGUGUAAUACAAGGCUGCAGGGAGGCUACUGCAUCCAUUCAUUUGUCUGUUCAGUUGAUGUGUAUGGAUUUGUGCAGACAUGCAGGGUGUGUUAUAUACAGACCUUUGAAUGUGUAUGUAUCAUUUUGUAUAAUAUGCUUGGAUUCUGUGCUUUCCAUCUUGUAGAGUCACUGUGACUUCAGUUUCGAAAGGAGCUGAUGGUUUACCUGCUUUGUUUUGUCCUUAUUCAAUAAAGGAACAUAAUGUUA